AUGGACGAUCUUGCUUUUAUCUUUUCUCAUCAUAAUCGUGAAACGUCAAGAAAACGACUUCACGAAGAUGAAAAGGCUGCUGCUUUGGCUUCGGGUUCAAAAAUAAUUUCUAUACAAAAUUUACCUUGCUUUAGCCAUAAUUUAUACAUAUACACAGUAUUAUUUUUUGACGAAGCGGGUUCAGUUGAACCCACUUCUCACCACUUGGGUCCGCCCCUGACUACUACUCCCAACUCAUCACAAUAUUAUUCAUCAACAAAGGCUGAGGCAAAUCAACAACAACAACAAAUCCAGUAUAAUCCCACAGAGUGGAGUCUGAAGAGGGUAAUAUGUACGGCCGAGGCAAAUCCUAGUACUAUAAACUUCUCGCCCGGCCUUGUUUAUCAAAAUGGAGGAACGACAAGAAGUACAGGGGAGCAAGCUCAAGAACACUUAUUAGCUGAAAGAAACAGACGACAGAAGAUUACUAAGUUGUUUGUGUCCUUAGCUGCUCUUCUUCCUGUCCUCAAGAAGAUGGACAAGGCCUCAAUACUUGAAGGAGCAACCAGUCUAAUUAGAAAACUACGUGAAAAAGGUGCAGCUCCUGCAGUGAAGAAGGCAAGAAAUUAUGAACAUCAAUCUUCCAUUGACAUGAGUAUUUUACCAGAAAUAGAAGUAAGAAUUUUAGAAGAGGAGGUGCUAAUUACAGUCUACUGCAAGAAGAAAUAUACAGGAAUUAUUGAUGAAAUAUUAAGUGUGAUUCAGAAGCUUCAUCUAACCAUCAAAAGCAGCAAUUUCUUGACAUUUGGCAACACCACAAUGCAUAUCACAAUCAUUGCUCAGGUCUGAUUAUUAAUAUUUCCUAAAACCCUUUUAUAUCGGGAGCCUUCGAGCAACGGUAUAGUUAUUUCCGUAUGAUCUAUAAGUCACGUGUUUUAUAAGCUGUGGAAUCAGCCACUGAUAUACUUGCAUUGGAAUAUGCUUCCUACAUCGCACCCUCUCGGAGUGUGGCCCUUCGGACCCUGCGUGAACACGGAAGCUUCGUGCAUCGGGUUGCCUUUUUUUUUUUAAUAAAAAAAUUCUCUUGUAUUUCAGUUUGUUACUUGGUUAGUUGGUUUUAAACUUUAAUGUACGUAUUUCAACAACAGAUUGUCUUGCUGAGAAAUUACGACAGACAAUACUUAAAACGUUGAGAUAAUUUGAUUUACA